GAAAAACAGUUGAUUUUAUGUGUGCGUCCAAGAAUGGCGGAUGGAGAAAAAAAAAUUGUAUUUAAUUUUUAAUUAAUUUAAUAAUUUAUUAUUAAUUAAUAAACAGGAUUAAUAUAAUAAGUUUUAAAAUAAUUGUGUUUUUCGUUGGAAAAUUUUGAUUAAAAAAAGAAAUAACGAGAAAUAAAAUAAAAAAAAAAAAAAAAACGGUUGAGUAAAUAAUUUUUAUGAUGUAAUUUUAAUGGGAUAAUUAGUUAAUUAAUUAAUUUGACUUACCAAAUGUUUUUUGUGAUUUAUUUGAUUAACAAAAUAAAGCUGGUUGUAUGAAAAUUGGACAAAUUAAACAAGACGCCGAGACAGAGACGACAAGCUAAGAAAGCUUGGACCAGAAUCAAAAGUUUUAUUUAUAAACCAUCAUGGCUCUCAGUGAUUUUUGCAUCCAAUACAUACUUUUUGGAUGCCUUAUUCUUCUUGGUAUAACAGGGCUGAUUGUUUGUGCAGCAGGAAGUUUUUUUAUCUAUGAAUUUCAUGAUAAAACAUACUCGGAUUUAAAUAUAAUAAACUACGUUGAUUUUCCAUCAGUUGUAUUACUUUUAACUGGGUUAUUAACCUUUGUAUUGGCAAUUUAUUUUUGGAAAUUCAUUGAUUUUAAAUACAACUAUCAACAAUGUAUGCUUUUUUCAGUUAUUUUGUUGAUAAUUGUUGCUGUUGAAGUUGCAUCUGGUCUAUGGGCACUUUUUAAAUUCGAAGAACUUGAAACAGUAUUAUCAACAAGUCUAGAACAAUCACUCAAGGACAAAGAAACAUCAAUCGUCUCGUCUCAUGACGAAAUUCAGAUAAAUUGUUGCAAUUACAAUUCAACAAUUGACAAUUAUUUCGACAUAUUACAAUGCUGUGAUUUUAAGCGUCAUGAUAAUACAACAAAAAUUGAAUGUGAAAAUUAUUAUGGAAUUGAAUGUCGACAUUUGGCAAUUAAUCAUCAUCGUUCAAUACUUCAUCGUGUUUUUUUAUUAGCACUAUCAUCAAUAUCAAUUCAACUUAUUGUUUUACUACUUAUAACAAAUUAUUUUAGAUCAAAAAAAAGCUUGAAAAAACGUCGUCGUACUCGUCAACGUAAACCAACAGAAAUAUAAAAUUAUUAUUAUCAACAUAAAUAAUUGUGUCAAUAGUCGUUGAUGAUUCAUCGAAUGAAGGUCUCGAUAGCUAUCAUUUCCAAGACAAUAUUGUCAUAAUAUUAUUAAUGACAUCAACUUUAAAUCUAGUUAUCUAUUCAACAAAAAAACAAACACCAAAUUGACGAUAAAAAUAAUCGAAAAAAAUUUAUUGACUAAUUAUUAAUUUAAUAUUUAAUUGUGAAUAUUUUAUUUAACACAAGUAUGUGAAAAUAAUAUAUAUACUCAUGUACAAUGUGAGAUAACAAAAAAAUAAUAUGGUGGGGUUAAAAAAAUAUUCGAUGAAGGUAAUAAUGUACGAAUAAUAUAUGCCAGUUGAAUUUAACUCGUUGACAAGUGAAGAAUCUCAUUCGAAAAAAAAUAAAACAAAUAUAACUUUGUUUGAAUUUCUAGACUUUCUUUCGGUUCGCCGGGUUUAUUUUUGUUGUUCACUUGAGUUUGUUGAACCUAUUUAAUUUAUAUAUUCAUUAUAUUAUUUUUUAUUGUUUAAACAAAGGGACUAAUCAUGAUGGAUUGUGGGGAUUCAUGCAUCAAGUACAUUUUAUUUGCUUUUAAUUUUAUAUUUGUG